AUGAAAUCUAAGGGUAUGGUCAGUAUAUUGUUCGUGCUCCUAUCUGUAUUUGACGCAGCUCUGACCAUACCGUAUCCAUUUUCCCCAAAGAACUUUAAACAAGAAUGCCAAGACAUGUUCCCGGAGGCAUUAGGUGUACAUUCACAGCUAUCGAAACCGCCAUACGAGAUCCAGACAUCAGACACCAUUUACGAUGGUGUUUCACACGAGCAGGUGACCCUAAAAUCGACGGGUAAGUAUAAAAUCAACGCCUUCUUCUUACAAGCACGUGUGGCGGACUGCUCGGCUACUGACCGCGAUGUCCCUAUCGGCUAUUUUGAGAAGGAAUUUGGCCACGAUGACGUUGAACUCGUCCACUGCGCAGGAAGACAUGAUAGCGCUGUUGUCAGUCGUAAAUGGAACCUGAAUAAGGAAAAUGUUGUUGUAAGGUGGUACAAACCAAAAAACGAAACCAGGAAACUAUUCUUUAGAGCCACCGUCAUUGCUAAUGUAGAUCUAUUCUGGAUGGAGAAUUUCUCUGAUAGUAUUCGGUCGCUAGGCAACAAUAAAGCCGGACAAGUGUGUCCGGUAAGACUGAUGGCACACUCAGGGGGCGACAAAUCCGAUCCACGACAAUGGUUGCUGAUAUUCGCCGUGUUUGCUUACAGAAUAUUAUAUUUAUGA